CCGCAGCUACAGCAGAUCAGCCUAACCAGCCUAUGAGACGUGCCUCUCCAGACGCACGGUGGUGGCCAGCGCAUUACACAGGCGGCGAUGUGGAGGUCAGUCGCUCAUCAGUGCAACGCGCCGAGCAGUUUCCCCCCUUAAACCCCGUCUCUGCUCCCUUUGCCCUCCUGUCCUCCACACACAAGGCAUUUCGCAGCGCACUCCGUCGGCGCAUCCCGCAAGUCACGUCUCGCUGUGUGGUUCCAUUUUUUGUCUAGGGGUGGCAGGUGUCCCGGUGCGUCGUCGUCCGAGCACCGGACAAGUGAUGCUCUGAGCUGCACUGUUGCUCCCCUGUCGCCUCACAUGUCUGCAGCAAAACCAACCUGGAGAUGGUCCCAUGCUCAACUCACGUCCAGAGGUUAGACUCUCCGUCAACAGAGGGUCACAGCCACAAACACAUCACCCACCCUCCUCCUCCUCCUCCUCCUCCUGCCUGGCGAGAGUCGUCCGUCUGCCUGCAUUCAUCUGAACAGCAGUGAGGACAGACGGGAAACUUACACUGUAGUGGAACUGCCUGUGUGUGUGUGUCAGCGCUUCAGUGCCUUUAGUGUUCCCCCAAGCCCUCCACUCUGUGUGUGUGCAAUGAUGUGUGGUAGAGUCAAGGUGGAAAGCUAAGAGGAAGACAGGACCCGAUCAAGUCAGCAAAAGUGAGCCCGGCUGCUGCGUAUGUGUGUGUGUCAGUCCAGCACGUGAGACUGUGUGUGUGUGUAUGUGUGUGUGUGUGUGUGAGGGGCUAGUGUUGACCAGGCUAUGAGUGCGUCUCAGAGGGAGAGGCCGGCGUUGGAUGCUGAGUUGAGCUAAGGGAGCAGAAGAGGAGAAUCUGUAAGAGGAGCAGCCAUGGGGCUCGGACAGUCCAGCAAGGCUCCGGUCACCGAGGACACAGACGAGGUGAAUUUCGACCACUUCCAGAUCCUGAGGGCAAUAGGAAAAGGAAGCUUCGGAAAAGUCUGCAUUGUACAGAAGAAGGACACUAAGAAGAUGUACGCCAUGAAGUACAUGAACAAGCUGAAAUGUGUGGAACGGAACGAAGUGAGGAAUGUCUUGAAAGAGCUGCAGAUAAUGCAGAACCUGGAACAUCCUUUCCUGGUCAACUUCUGGUAUUCCUUCCAGGAUGAGGAGGACAUGUUUAUGGUGGUGGACCUGCUCUUGGGAGGAGACCUGCGCUAUCACCUCCAGCAGAACGUCCAUUUCUCAGAGAGCACCGUCAAACUGUACAUCUGUGAAUUGGCCCUUGCCCUGGGAUACCUCCGCAGCAAGCGUAUCAUACACAGAGACAUCAAACCUGACAACAUACUACUUGAUGAACACGGGCACGUCCAUCUAACAGACUUCAACAUUGCAGCCAUUGUAAAAGAAGAUCUAAAGGCAACGUCCAUUGCUGGGACCAAGCCAUACAUGGCUCCUGAGCUGUUCCAAACCUUCGAGGGGUCCCACCCUGGCUACUCCUUCUCGGUCGACUGGUGGUCGCUGGGCAUCACAGCCUAUGAGCUACUAAGAGGACAGAGACCGUAUGUGAUGAGAUCCAGUACACCGGCUAACGAGAUCCUUCAGACCUUCCACAAGGUCCAUCCCAGCUACCCAGCAGCCUGGUCUUUGGAGAUGAAGUCUCUACUUAGAAAGUUGCUGUGCAUAGAUGUCCAGAAGCGCAUUUCCUGUCUAGCAGAGCUCCAGGAUCUGGACUACAUGUCAGAUGUCAACUGGGACGCUGUGCUCAGCAAACAGCUUCCUCCAGGCUUUAUUCCCAAUAAGCGAAGACUAAACUGUGACCCCACAUUUGAGCUGGAGGAAAUGAUCCUGGAGUCCAAACCGCUUCACAAGAAGAAGAAAAGGCUUGCUAGAAAAACCAAGGAGCAAGGAUCUGAUGGGUCCCCACAGAACGGCCAGUUGCAGCAAAGACUGGAUAAUGUCCAGAGAGACUUCAUUGUCUUCAACAGAGAAAAGUCAAAGAAAGCAUCGGUGGACUCAGACUCCUCUGAGCUGUCCAUAACUGAGAAGAACAAGGCAAUAGAGGAUGGACAGAACAACAAUGUUGAACCGGCUGCCUACUUAUCUGGAUAGGUCUGAUGACCAGAGAUCCCUAGGUAGUCCCUUACCACUUGCACCUGCCCACAGCUUGUAGAUCAGCAAUUUACUCCCUAUUGUUCUAUCAGCACAGGCACUCAGAUCUGGUCUUCAAUGUUUCUGCACCACUACGUCGUCUAUACAAACACAACUGCGGUAUGCACUUGUGCUUCACUGUUCACCCACAUAAACCACAUCAAGAGCUCGAGAACUGCAGGAGAGAAAUGGACUCCCAGAGCAGCAGUCAUGUCAGCCAGACCCAGGCUUUUCGCUUUCCUGUCACCAAGAAGAAUGACUCUCAGCAGAGUGUCACUCAUAUCAUGCUCCCUUACAUCACUCUGGUGCUCUAAGGUCUGCUCAACCUUUACUCCGGGCAGUGUGCUGAAGUGAAACGGAAGUCACUCCCCUGCCAAAAAAGGAGACAAUGCCACACCUGCUCAGCUGUUACAGGAAAUAAAGUCUGACAUGGUCAGCUAUGGCUGGAAGCUGUAUGCACUGCUGCUGUCUUGGGCGGGACACUCAGAUUUUUAAUCUCAGCGAUGCAUUUUCUGGUUAAUUACAGUUAUUUAAAUGACAAUGGUUCUCCAGUACUAUAUGGAAAUAGACUUAACGAGGAUUGGCAUGAGGAGUUAGGUUGGCAAUAGUGAAAUACAAAGACUUGGGUGGAUGGCUUUGUCCCAUGUGGUCUACAAGACUUGAGAUUCGAGCAUGAAACUAAGAGUACGACACAUUACAAUGGAGAGGUUAAUUAGGUAAAAUGAGGCCUUUGUUUUUAAGACAGCAACCACAGAUUCUUCUAAGAUAGGAAAUGAAGAGAUGAACUGUAGGCUUGAGCGUGAAUGGCUCACUUUAUCAUAGCAGCAGAUACAGUACAUGGUUGUAGUGGUCAUUAUGCUUAGCUUUGCUAGUCAAGCUAACAAAGAUAGUACGAUUGCAACAUUUGGUGAAUAUGUCCCAGCUCCAUCAGCUGCAGAUAGCCUUUAAGUUAUUAUUCAGUCAAUACAGAAAUCUGAAAUACAGAUGACAAACUCUGGUUUUAAGGUUAACCUUUAAGGUCCAUUCUUGACCUUGGAGGUUUAAGUUAAGAUGCUUCGUCAAGGCUACCAGAUGUUGCUGAAGCUUUGGGCACAAUACGUACGAGGUCCUUCUAAUGAAAGUUUUUUGUCAAACUGGUUUAACGCGCAUUAAAGCACUUACAUUUCGGACUAACCUUUGCCUCAAUCUGCAACUGACUAGCUGGGUCUCCACAUAAAGGUUUAUAGCUAUGAAAACGUAGACAAAGGUAGAUGUUAAAUGUUCUGCACUGAACCUGCUUUGCACAUGCUUCUUCAUCAACUGUAGCAUUUAUGCACAGAGAGACAAAAAAUAAUAACUUAAAGCUGUGAGUGACUAUUUAUUCCCUUAGGGAUGGUUUUAUAGACAAGGAUUAAGCUGAGUCCUAGAUAAGAUUUAUUUUUCAUUCAGUUACUGUCUGCAAUGAAAUUUGUUUUUGUCAAGUAAUUUUUUUAUGUCCUUCCUCUUUUGUGUUGAGUACAACCAAUUACACGUGCCACCGGAUAAGUCUGUAAAUCUGUAUUUGCAAUUAAAUGCUCUCAUAGAAGAAUACAUUCUGCAACAACAUGCUUGUGCAGAUGGUAUUUAAUAGUAAUUCAGUACCAGCUGGAUAACACAGGGGAGAAAAAAGUUAUUAAUAUUGAUUUGCACAUACAACCAUAAUUCCAAAAAGUUGGGAUGCUAUGUAAAAUGUACAUAGAAACAGAAUUCAAUGAUUUGCAGGUCAUUUUCGACAAACAGUAGGGGAAAUACGUAUUCUAUUCAAGGCGUCAAUUUUCUUUUACAUUAAACAAAAUUUCCAAUGCAGCUAUUGACAUGAAAUAUAGAUCAAAUUGUUAACAUUUCAAUCCAUAAAAAUUAAGUGCAAUAAAGUUAAAUGACAAAGGAAAAAUGUAUUAAACAGGCUAACUUAAAUUUCAAAACGGGCUUCAAGACACUUCCUGUAUGAAGAAAUUAAUCUCUCACAGUGUUUAGGUGGGAUUGUGGCCCAUUCUUCCACACAGAAAGUCUUUAAAUCUUGAAGAUUUUUGGGGAGGCACGUUAGAUCUUGAGAAAGACAUUUCACUUUUAGAACUUUAAAAAUGAUUGUCCUAGGUUUCUGAAUGCUUACUAAGGGUUUGUCCACACCAGCGUGGGUAUUUCUAAAACCGUGACUCUUUGCUCAUGGUUUGGCCUUUCAUCCACACGUAACCGCAGUUUUGGGCCCCUGUAACCAGAGUUAUUUGUAACCGGAGUCCAGGGUGAACUUUUUGGAAAAGUCUGGUGUCAGCAGUCGUGUGGUCUGGAUAACCGCAGUUAUUUUGUCUCAUCUCCAUUGUAUGACGACACAGUGUACGAUGUAAACAGAAAACAGCUGUGUUAUUACCCGAUCCAGUGUGUGCGAGAGACGAUUUGAGGAUGGACCUAAACAAAAUACUGCUGCUAUUUAGCAACAUAUCAGCACUUUGUGGCUGUAUCAUACAACUAACGCUACUCAACCACAUCCAGCAACAGAGGCGCAUGAGUGUGCUGUUACGGAGACUGCUACUGCUGCAUAAUAGUACGCUUCUUGCUGUUUUUCCGGUAAUGACAUUUUACUGCCUUCUGCUUGGCUACAAUGGCCUCACAGUUAGGAGUUAUAUCGCCACCUACUGCUUUGGCAUAUGUAUUACAUUGCUUGAAGUGGAAUUUGCGGUGUCAUGUGGACGCAGGUAUUUUUAUUACACCGCUCGUAUGCAUGCAGAUUUUUUAAAAACUGGAGGCCAAAAAAGUUUUAAAAAUACCCGUGCUUGUGUGGACUAGGCCUAAGUGUUCUUAAAAGAACAGGGGAUGUAACAUAUUGGUAAACGUGCCCCUGCCUGUUUUUUUGUUGAAGGUGUUGCAGGCAUCAAAUUUAGAAUGAGUGUAUAAUUACAAAAAAUAAUAGAGUUAAUCAGUUUGAACAUUAAAUAUAUUUCUUUGUAUGUUAUUCAACUGAAUAGACAGUGGGUCGAAAAGGAUUCACAGAUCUUUGCAUUCUAUUUUAUUCAUGUUUUACACAGUCUUCCCACUUUUUUGGAAUCGGAACUUUACAAAAUUGUUCACAAGAAAACGAUGUAAAUAAACAAUACCCAGGCCAGGAAAUACCCCUUCUUCAUACAAUUUGAUAUUAAAUGUAAGACUUUGCUAAAAUCACACCUGCCUCUGAAGUUUGCAGAGGGUUGCCUUAUACACUAGAUAUGGCACAGAGCUGGUUCCCUUAAACUUCACAUGUCGGUAGCAAAAAACCUGAGCUUUUUUCGCAAUCACUAAUUAAAUGUGAUUUCUACUAAUGUCUUGUCAUUCUAUUGACCUUGAUCUUAUCUUUCUGCAACUAAAUCCUUUCAAGUCUACGAUACUUGUGAUAAUAUUUAAAACACAUUUCACUCUAUUCAAUUCAUUACUGUCGGCACUUUUCUAUUGAAAAUUGGUACAAUGUUUUGACUUAAAUUUGUGUUGUUGUCGUUGUUGUUGUUGUCAUUGAUGUAAUUUUACAGAUCCAAAUGUCCUGUAUAAGUUGUAAGAUAUAGUGGGAUAGUUAAACAGGUGGAGUGAUCCCGGGUAUACCUGGGGGAAAUUAUAUUUGUGAAUGAUUAUCUUACUUUGUUUAUAUAUUAUAGGACUACCAGAUGGGUUGGGUUCAAUGCAAUAAUCCUCCGAUGUGGCAGAUUCAACCUUUCCAAAACGUAAACUUAUAAAAAAGUAAUUGACAAAUAGUAUUUGACCCAGGUAGUACUGUUUUUCAACAAAACUUGUCUACCUAAAAAUAUAUAUUUAGUCUCGGAGCAGAAUUGUUCCUCACCUGUGAAUUUCAAUCCUCUUAAGGUUUAAUUGUCCCUCAGUUGUCACUGUGUGUUUACUGUAUUCAAAUGUGAUGGAUUUGCAAACUAUUAAGGUGUGCCUUAAAUAAUGACUUUCUUUUUCUGAACCAAUCUGACAAUGCCUUGUGCUUUAUUUCACUUUAUUUCUUUCUCAAUUACCAUACUUAACUGAAUAAGGAUUUUAAGUAAAAUGGGACAAGGAAUGGCAUCAGUAAUAAAAGCUUUUUCAAAGUCAAGAAUGGUGAGAGGAUGUAAAAAAGGGAAAAGGAUGUUAAUCAUGAUAAA